GACUUCACUGCUUUAAAUGCCAUUGACGGCGAGACGCCACCGCCACUCGCCAUUCUAGUUCUUCGCGGUUCGAUUGGAUUGGGUCGGAUCUAUAUGAUAGUUAAUUUAUUAAAUUCUUUCAAUUUCAAACCAAAUAAUUAUACUGGAAUAAUUGUUCAGGAUGGCCGAUUCUUCAUACGAGAAGGGUUUGACCGAGCUAUCGAAAAUGAAGGUAGCAGAUCUUAAGUUGGAGCUCAAGCAGCGAGGCUUGCCCACAACAGGGAAUAAAACUGAAUUAGUAGAACGGCUCCAACUGGCUAUGCAUGGGGAUUCUACUUUAUCACUGGAUGAAACCACAGAUGAAAUAUUGGAUGAAGAUGCUGUUUUAGGAGAUGAAGAGAUAGAGGAACUAUCAAGCAAGCCAGAUUCUCAGGAAGCAGUUGAAAAGAGAAAAUUAUCAACAGAUAGUAGUUCAGGAAAUUCAAAAAAAAUCGUGCUCAAUCGUAAUCCAAUACUUGAAGAUAUUCAAAGUGAACUGUCUGGCAAAGAAAAUAAUAAUAAAUCAGAGUUGGGUGAGCCUGAGAGAAAAGUAAUCAAACUUUCUCAACUUGGUGUUAAAGAGAGAUUAGAAAUGAGAGCCAAAAAGUUUGGAGUCGCUUUAUCUGAAUCAGCUAAAAAAGAAGCAAGAUCAGCCAGGUUUAACUCAAACAACGGAAAUAACAAGUCAGCAGCAUCUAUUAACGUUCCAGUGCAUACAACUUAUGAGGUUUUAAAGAAAAGAGCCGACAGAUUUGGUGCAUCAGUUUCUAGUGUCAUGGAAAAGGCUGAAAUGCAAUCAAGAAUAGAAAAAAGAAGAGAAAGAUUUGGCGAAGUCAAACCAGUCGAAAAACCACCUGUAAAGAAAAUUAAAAUAGUGAAAUGAUACUCGAUAUCAUACACCAAAUCGAUACCAUAGGAUAGGUUAUGACUAGUUUUUAAGAAUUUUUCAAUAAAACCAACGAUUGAGGGUAAUGAAAACUUGAAUGAAAUUGUGAAAAUACUUUCAUGAAUUCAAAGUUCAAUUACAAUCCAACAAAGAUAUUAAUGUCCAAUAUCAAUUGCCCAAUAAAAUGAUUAAUGUAAUAAUCAAAAAUAUUGAAGCUCCUAAGAAUAGAUGGUCUAUAUAAAAAACCAACUGUAGGUACAAUAUCGGACUUCGAUUGAAAUUUAUCAUGAGAUGAAAUUGUUCGGAGUGGAAUGAUGAUUAUGUCUAUGUAAUCAGUUGAAGCCAAUGCUAAUAAAAAAGAGGUGUUAUUAGGAA